AACUCAUGGAUAAAAUGAAGAUGAAAGACACCCUGAAAGUGAAAGUUGAUGAGCUGAAGGAGAACAUAAAACAGAAAAUGGGCAGAUUACUACAAGGCCAUGAAGCUGUACUAAGGCUGAUCGCUGUGUUGGAAGAAAAGCAUGCAAAUUGUGAGGAACAGAAAGAAAAUAUUGUCAAUGUUACUGAAAUGUUAGAGAGAGAAAAGGAAACUCUACAAUGUAUCCGCUCAGACUUGGUCACCCACAGAGACUGCAUGGAAAAUGAAUGGAAGCAGCAGUUUGAGUUGGAAAGACAAGAUCUUGAUAAGCUGAAAGCAGAUCUGACACGUGACAGAGACGUUCUGGAUAGAGAAGCUGAGACAAUAAAUAAAGAGAAACUGGACUUGAAGCUGAUGAGAUCUGAAAUCCAGAAACAAUUCGAUAUAUUGGAACAAAAGAAACAAAAAAUAACAGAAGAAAGAGACUCAGUGGAAAUCUCAAAGACUGAACUACUACACAAUAUGGAACAUGUAACCAGCCUCUUUAAUUUGAUAAAUGAGGAGAAAGCAAAUAUUAGAACUCUGAGAGUUCAGGUUCAAACUGAAAGAGAAAGAAUAGAAAAUAUCAUGAGUAACCUUACCUUAAAGGAAGAAGAACAAAGAGGGAAGGAAGAUGACCUCAGAAGACAAACAGAAGAACUGGAGAGUCUGAUGAGAACUCUGAAUAAGAAGCAAGAAGAGAUCGAAGCCUCCAGAAACAUCAUGAAUGAAGAAAAAGAACAGGUCAACGAGAUGAAAACUGACAUUGACAAAGAAAGAGAACUGAUGUUGGAUGAAAAGAGAAAUAUGGAAGAAGAAAGGUCUGAGCUGAAAAUGAGAGAAAAACAACUCAUGGAUAAAAUGAAGAUGAAAGACACCCUGAAAGUGAAAGUUGAUGAGCUGAAGGAGAACAUAAAACAGAAAAUGGGCAGAUUACUACAAGGCCAUGAAGCUGUACUAAGGCUGAUCGCUGUGUUGGAAGAAAAGCAUGCAAAUUGUGAUGAACAGAAAGAAAAUAUUGUCAAUGUUACUGAAAUGUUAGAGAGAGAAAAGGAAACUCUACAAUGUAUCCGCUCAGACUUGGUCACCCACAGAGACUGCAUGGAAAAUGAAUGGAAGCAGCAGUUUGAGUUGGAAAGACAAGAUCUUGAUAAGCUGAAAGCAGAUCUGACACGUGACAGAGACGUUCUGGAUAGAGAAGCUGAGACAAUAAAUAAAGAGAAACUGGACUUGAAGCUGAUGAGAUCUGAAAUCCAGAAACAAUUCGAUAUAUUGGAACAAAAGAAACAAAAAAUAACAGAAGAAAGAGACUCAGUGGAAAUCUCAAAGACUGAACUACUACACAAUAUGGAACAUGUAACAUGCCUCUAUAAUUUGAUAAAUGAGGAGAAAGCAAAUAUUAGAACUCUGAGAGUUCAGGUUCAAACUGAAAGAGAAAGAAUAGAAAAUAUCAUGAGUAACCUUACCUUAAAAGAAGAAGAACAAAGAGGGAAGGAAGAUGACCUCAGAAGACAAACAGAAGAACUGGAGAGUCUGAUGAGAACUCUGAAUAAGAAGCAAGAAGAGAUCGAAGCCUCCAGAAACAUCAUGAAUGAAGAAAAAGAACAGGUCAACGAGAUGAAAACUGACAUUGACAAAGAAAGAGAACUGUUGUUGGAUGAAAAGAGAAAUAUGGAAGAAGAAAGGUCUGAGCUAAAAAUGAGAGAAAAACAACUCAUGGAUAAAAUGAAGAUGAAAGACACCCUGAAAGUGAAAGUUGAUGAGCUGAAGGAGAACAUAAAACAGAAAAUGGGCAGAUUACUACAAGGCCAUGAAGCUGUACUAAGGCUGAUCGCUGUGUUGGAAGAAAAGCAUGCAAAUUGUGAUGAACAGAAAGAAAAUAUUGUCAAUGUUACUGAAAUGUUAGAGAGAGAAAAGGAAACUCUACAAUGUAUCCGCUCAGACUUGGUCACCCACAGAGACUGCAUGGAAAAUGAAUGGAAGCAGCAGUUUGAGUUGGAAAGACAAGAUCUUGAUAAGCUGAAAGCAGAUCUGACACGUGACAGAGACGUUCUGGAUAGAGAAGCUGAGACAAUAAAUAAAGAGAAACUGGACUUGAAGCUGAUGAGAUAUGAAAUCCAGAAACAAUUCGAUAUAUUGGAACAAAAGAAACAAAAAAUAACAGAAGAAAGAGACUCAGUGGAAAUCUCAAAGACUGAACUACUACACAAUAUGGAACAUGUAACCAGCCUCUUUAAUUUGAUAAAUGAGGAGAAAGCAAAUAUUAGAACUCUGAGAGUUCAGGUUCAAACUGAAAGAGAAAGAAUAGAAAAUAUCAUGAGUAACCUUACCUUAAAGGAAGAAGAACAAAGAGGGAAGGAAGAUGACCUCAGAAGACAAACAGAAGAACUGGAGAGUCUGAUGAGAACUCUGAAUAAGAAGCAAGAAGAGAUCGAAGCCUCCAUAAACAUCAUGAAUGAAGAAAAAGAACAGGUCAACAAGAUGAAAACUGACAUUGACAAAGAAAGAGAACUGAUGUUGGAUGAAAAGAGAAAUAUGGAAGAAGAAAGGUCUGAGCUGAAAAUGAGAGAAAAACAACUCAUGGAUAAAAUGAAGAUGAAAGACACCCUGAAAGUGAAAGUUGAUGAGCUGAAGGAGAACAUAAAACAGAAAAUGGGCAGAUUACUACAAGGCCAUGAAGCUGUACUAAGGCUGAUCGCUGUGUUGGAAGAAAAGCAUGCAAAUUGUGAUGAACAGAAAGAAAAUAUUGUCAAUGUUACUGAAAUGUUAGAGAGAGAAAAGGAAACUCUAGAAUGUAUCCGCUCAGACUUGGUCACCCACAGAGACUGCAUGGAAAAUGAAUGGAAGCAGCAGUUUGAGUUGGAAAGACAAGAUCUUGAUAAGUUGAAAGCAGAUCUGACACGUGACAGAGACGUUCUGGAUAGAGAAGCUGAGACAAUAAAUAAAGAGAAACUGGACUUGAAGCUGAUGAGAUCUGAAAUCCAGAAACAAUUCGAUAUAUUGGAACAAAAGAAACAAAAAAUAACAGAAGAAAGAGACUCAGUGGAAAUCUCAAAGACUGAACUACUACACAAUAUGGAACAUGUAACCAGCCUCUUUAAUUUGAUAAAUGAGGAGAAAGCAAAUAUUAGAACUCUGAGAGUUCAGGUUCAAACUGAAAGAGAAAGAAUAGAAAAUAUCAUUAGUAACCUUACCUUAAAAGAAGAAGAACAAAGAGGGAAGGAAGAUGACCUCAGAAGACAAACAGAAGAACUGGAGAGUCUAAAGAGAACUCUGAAUAAGAAGCAAGAAGAGAUCGAAGCCUCCAGAAACAUCAUGAAUGAAGAAAAAGAACAGGUCAACAAGAUGAAAACUGACAUUGACAAAGAAAGACAACUGAUGUUGGAUGAAAAGAGAAAUAUGGAAGAAGAAAGGUCUGAGCUGAAAAUGAGAGAAAAACAACUCAUGGAUAAAAUGAAGAUGAAAGACACCCUGAAAGUGAAAGUUGAUGAGCUGAAGGAGAACAUAAAACAGAAAAUGGGCAGAUUACUACAAGGCCAUGAAGCUGUACUAAGGCUGAUCGCUGUGUUGGAAGAAAAGCAUGCAAAUUGUGAUGAACAGAAAGAAAAUAUUGUCAAUGUUACUGAAAUGUUAGAGAGAGAAAGGGAAACUCUAGAAUGUAUCCGCUCAGACUUGGUCACCCACAGAGCCUGCAUGGAAAAUGAAUGGAAGCAGCAGUUUGAGUUGGAAAGACAAGAUCUUGAUAAGCUGAAAGCAGAUCUGACACGUGACAGAGACGUUCUGGAUAGAGAAGCUGAGACAAUAAAUAAAGAGAAACUGGACUUGAAGCUGAUGAGAUCUGAAAUCCAGAAACAAUUCGAUAUAUUGGAACAAAAGAAACAAAAAAUAACAGAAGAAAGAGACUCAGUGGAAAUCUCAAAGACUGAACUACUACACAAUAUGGAACAUGUAACCAGCCUCUUUAAUUUGAUAAAUGAGGAGAAAGCAAAUAUUAGAACUCUGAGAGUUCAGGUUCAAACUGAAAGAGAAAGAAUAGAAAAUAUAAUUAGUAACCUUACCUUAAAGGAAGAAGAACAAAGAGGGAAGGAAGAUGACCUCAGAAGACAAACAGAAGAACUGGAGAGUCUGAUGAGAACUCUGAAUAAGAAGCAAGAAGAGAUCGAAGCCUCCAGAAACAUCAUGAAUGAAGAAAAAGAACAGGUCAACAAGAUGAAAACUGACAUUGACAAAGAAAGAGAACUGAUGUUGGAUGAAAAGAGAAAUAUGGAAGAAGAAAGGUCUGAGCUGAAAAUGAGAGAAAAACAACUCAUGGAUAAAAUGAAGAUGAAAGACACCCUGAAAGUGAAAGUUGAUGAGCUGAAGGAGAACAUAAAACAGAAAAUGGGCAGAUUACUACAAGGCCAUGAAGCUGUACUAAGGCUGAUCGCUGUGUUGGAAGAAAAGCAUGCAAAUUGUGAUGAACAGAAAGAAAAUAUUGUCAAUGUUACUGAAAUGUUAGAGAGAGAAAGGGAAACUCUAGAAUGUAUCCGCUCAGACUUGGUCACCCACAGAGACUGCAUGGAAAAUGAAUGGAAGCAGCAGUUUGAGUUGGAAAGACAAGAUCUUGAUAAGCUGAAAGCAGAUCUGACACGUGACAGAGACGUUCUGGAUAGAGAAGCUGAGACAAUAAAUAAAGAGAAACUGGACUUGAAGCUGAUGAGAUCUGAAAUCCAGAAACAAUUCGAUAUAUUGGAACAAAAGAAACAAAAAAUAACAGAAGAAAGAGACUCAGUGGAAAUCUCAAAGACUGAACUACUACACAAUAUGGAACAUGUAACCAGCCUCUUUAAUUUGAUAAAUGAGGAGAAAGCAAAUAUUAGAACUCUGAGAGUUCAGGUUCAAACUGAAAGAGAAAGAAUAGAAAAUAUCAUGAGUAACCUUACCUUAAAAGAAGAAGAAAAAGGAAGGAAGGAAGAUGACCUCAGAAGACAAACAGAAGAACUGGAGAGUCUGAUGAGAACUCUGAAUAAGAAGCAAGAAGAGAUCGAAGCCUCCAUAAACAUCAUGAAUGAAGAAAAAGAACAGGUCAACGAGAUGAAAACUGACAUUGACAAAGAAAGAGAACUGAUGUUGGAUGAAAAGAGAAAUAUGGAAGAAGAAAGGUCUGAGCUGAAAAUGAGAGAAAAACAACUCGUGGAUAAAAUGAAGAUGAAAGACACCCUGAAAGUGAAAGUUGAUGAGCUGAAGGAGAACAUAAAACAGAAAAUGGGCAGAUUACUACAAGGCCAUGAAGCUGUACUAAGGCUGAUCGCUGUGUUGGAAGAAAAGCAUGCAAAUUAUGAUGAACAGAAAGAAAAUAUUGUCAAUGUUACUGAAAUGUUAGAGAGAGAAAGGGAAACUCUACAAUGUAUCCGCUCAGACUUGGUCACCCACAGAGACUGCAUGGAAAAUGAAUGGAAGCAGCAGUUUGAGUUGGAAAGACAAGAUCUUGAUAAGUUGAAAGCAGAUCUGACACGUGACAGAGACGUUCUGGAUAGAGAAGCUGAGACAAUAAAUAAAGAGAAAAUGGACUUGAAGCUGAUGAGAUCUAGCACCCAUAACCAAUUAAAUAUAUUAGAGCGAAAGAAAGGAUUUAUCAAACAUGAAAAGUACAAGUUGGAAAUCACAAAGUUUGAACUUCAACAGAGUCAAAAUCAUCAUCGUCUCCUAGAUGAGUUAAAACAUCAACAGGAGCAAGUGCACCAAUUAAGGGAACAAGUGAAAAGGGACAUGGAAAUGUUGUUAAAUGGGAAAAAAUCUCUGAAAAGAGACAUUUCUCAGGUAAAAGUCAGAGAGUACUGCCUCAAUACUGUCACAAACUCUGCAAGAAAUCUGAGGGGCAAGCUAAAUAAACUGAUUCAUGAAGUCUCUGCAUAUGUUGACAGGUUAGAUCAGAAAAAUGGGAAAUUAUUACAUUUGAUCUCUAUAUUGGAUCAAAAGUGUCUCAGAAUUAACAAGCAAAAAACUGAGAUCACUGCAUAUUAUCUCCAGAUACAACAACAAAAGAAACAUGAAUUAACAGUAGUAUUUGACAAAGCAACACAAACUGAAAAUGUUGUAGAUGAAUGGUUGCAUGAUCAUCAUGCUAAAGAGACUGAUGAAGAUGAAUAUCAGCAGAAGACUAAGAGUGUUUCAUGUGAUCUUGAAAGAGGAGACAGAUACUUGAAAUCUGAUAAAGGUCUUCUGAUAGUAGCCGAAGAUGAAGAAUUGGAAAAUGUAAAGAAAAACAAGCUUGCAAUGCUGUCCAAGUUAUCAGCAAAGGAAAACAACUUUACAAAGAAGGAAAUUUCAAGAACAGAUUAUUUGCAAAAGAUCUGGAAGGACACUAGAAUGGAACGAAAAGAGAUCAGUCAGAUGAAGCUCAGAGGACAACAAAUGAGAAACAAUGUGGAGAAAAGACUAAAGGUGAUCAAUCAAUUUGUUAAGGGAAAAAUGUUACAGAAAGAAAAGACAUCAAUGGAGAAAACAAGAACGAUUUUGGAACAGGGCCAAAGUAAGAACAUAUUAUCUGAAAGUGAUCAAUAUGGAGAUCACAAACCACUUGAUGAACAAUACACUGAGCUCCAACACCUAAAGGUCCUUAUGCUCAGCGAGAUUGAGAAACUCCACAUCUCCAAAAAAGUGUCUAAGACACUGAUAACUAGAAACAAAGCUAAUCAAACAGUUCAGGAAGAUAUGAUGACAGAGAGUGCAACAAUACAAUCAGCACAACCAGUUUCUCCAACUAUCCAUCAUAAGCCAAUGAAGGUAGAAGAAGCUGAAGCAAUGCCAGAGAGAUCCCCUGGACUCCUCUCUCAGCUCCGGCUUUACUGCUGUCACUGUUGCUCCCCUUGUUGUGCUUGCUGUAAGCAAGUGUGUCCAAAGGAAAAAUGAGAGAUAAGUGUUGGUCAUUAGCACUGUCAUGAAUAUUCUGGUUGUGUCUCCCUUAUAUUUUGACUUAUUUCAAGCAAAUAUUGUAUACCGUAGUUGAAUAAUGCUUGCCAUGGACAUAAGUACUUAAUUUUUAGUUAAAUUAAUAUGUGUCUGUUUGGAAAAUGUGUUUCCUUUUAAGCAUCAUGCAAUAACAACUGAAGAUUACCAGCCUGAUCUAAGGCAUCUAAUUUUUUAAACAACUGAUAAUGUCAAGCUAUUCCUUUAACACAUUUUAAUUUUUUUUCAUGAAAUGUAAAUGUUGAAAUAUUUCUCUACAUCAGAGUGAGCACUGUUUUCAGUUUCCAGUUAAUCUGUAGUGCUGAACUUAAUGUAUUCAACUAAGUGUAAAAAUUCACUUUAUUUUAUUUUUUAAUUACAUUUUUAUUUUGGUUUCUGAUUUAUUUUGUCUGUUUUCAAAAUAUUUCUUUUGUUGUUUUAUGUUAGAAUAAAGAAACCUACUAAAUAUAGUAAAAUCAAAGCUAUUAAGAAUAUGUGAUAAACUGUGAUGCUUUAUAUAUUCAUAUUUCAAUGCAAAAAAAUGAAUGUGUAACAUAAUUUUUAACUGAAUAAAUCUUUCACAUCA